CGCAAGUGGAAGGCGGGACCAAGUGGGUGGAAGGGGGAAAAGGAAGACGCGGAGUCCGGCAGGCCGUCGGGAUGGUCCUCUGCGGUGGCCGGAGACCAUGGCCCAGCCGAGGCCGCCACGGCUGCACGACAGCGGGGGGCGAGAUUCUGACGCAAAGCAGAAGAGAAAAGUAGCCGAGAUCUACCAAGUGCUAAACCAUGAGCCUGUUGACAUUGCUCCCCUCCGGCGCAUGGCUAUCAGCGAAGGGGGUCUCCUCAUGGAUGAGAUCCGCUGCAGAGUAUGGCCCAGACUGCUCAAUGUGAACACCGAUGACCUGCUGCCUCCACCAGAGGAAGAACUUCGGGAGAAGAGCAAAGAUUAUCAGCAAGUAUUGUUGGAUGUGAGGCGAUCCCUCCGACGUUUCCCUCCAGACAUGCCGGAUGAGCAGAGGGAGGGGCUGCAGGAAGAGCUGAUCGACUGCAUCCUGCAAGUUCUGCAGCGCAACACCCAGCUGCAUUAUUACCAGGGCUACCACGACAUCGUGGUCACGUUUCUUCUCGUUGUGGGGGAGAGAUUGGCCGCCACCCUGGUGGAAAAGCUUUCAACCCAUCACCUCAGGGAUUUUAUGGACCCAACAAUGGAUAACACUAAGCACAUCCUAAAUUACCUGAUGCCCAUUAUAGACCAAGUGAAUCCAGAUCUCCACGAUUUCAUGCAGAGGGCCGAAGUGGGAACCAUCUUCGCCCUCAGCUGGCUGAUCACUUGGUUUGGACACGUCUUGUCUGACUUCAGGCACGUGGUGCGGUUAUACGACUUCUUCCUAGCCUGUCACCCGCUGAUGCCCAUCUACUUUGCAGCAGUGAUUGUGCUCCACCGGGCACCAGAAGUUCUGGCCUGCGACUGUGACAUGGCUUCGGUCCACCAUCUCUUAUCCCAGAUCCCCCAGGAUCUUCCUUAUGAGACGCUCAUCAGCCGGGCUGGAGACCUCUUUGUUCAGUUUCCACCAUCGAAGCUUGCCCAGGAAGCUGCUCAGCAGCAAGCUGAGAGGACGGCGGCCUCCACCUUCAAAGACUUCGAGCUGGCUUCCGCCCAGCAGCGGCCCGACACCGUCCUCCGGCAGCGCUUUCGAGAGCGACUCCGGGCCGAGGAGAGCGCCAAAUCGCUCUUGGUGACCAAACCAAGGACCAACCGCUUUGUCAAGCUGGCAGUGAUGGGGCUGACGGUGGCCCUGGGGGCAGCAGCUCUGGCUGUGGUAAAGAGCGCCCUCGAAUGGGCACCCAAAUUCGAACUGCAGAUAUUUCCCUAGUGCGGAGGGAAGGAAGGCCGGCCCUCCCUCCGUCAUCUCCUGCUAGACGGUCCCCAGCGGGCAGCCAUCUCUGCAGAAGGCAAGCUGGGUUUUCAGGCCACAACCUGUUCUCUUCCACGAGCGACCUUUGGAACGGGGGGGGAAAGUGCCUUGGGCUGCUGCAGGCUGGAGGGUCCCAAUUUUGCUGGCGUUUCUGGCCAGCUGACCCCAGUUGCCACCUGGAGCAUUUUGUACUCCACAAAGACCCCUUCUGUCCUCCGGCUUCCGCCUGAUGCAAGAGAAGGAAGACAUGGUGCGCACGUUCAGGGAAAGCAGUGUGGCGUUCCUGCAGUUUUAAUAGAACGAGAGACACGGCCUAGAUGAGCGUUGGGGAUCUCAGUACCCUCUCCAAGCGAUUCGGUUGUCUGUCUUACCAAAGUGGAAGAAGGCAGCUGGUUUCUGGGCAGCUGCGACAGCAGAACUAGGUUCCCACCGGCUCUCCUUUUGACGUCUGCUGUGUGAGCCAGAAAGGGAGCAGCAGGAAAGUGGGUCUUGUCAUAGCGUGGAAUGGAUCUUCUUGGGACUUUCAAAAAUGACCUGUUCCUAUCAAAGCUGAAAAUCCGUCACGAUCACCUGAAUCUAAGUGGGAUAUGCAGAAACUUUCCCUGACCGAAAAUGGAGCUUCUCUUUGCCUGCAUGAAGGAUUCUCACAAAGAUGGUUCACUUGAUCCUGUGCGCUGUCGGUGAUUCCUCACUCCCCCCUCUACUUCCUCUAGAAAGGCCUCACAAGUGUCCUUACCCAACCUUUGCUACUUUUGGCAAACAAGUUCUUGGCCAUCUUCAAAGCCACCAGCCAAGACAAGCAUCCCAAGGAGUAAGAGCCACCCUACCCCCCUCGAUGCCCAAGCCUAGGAUUGCCCGCCUUGCCAGGUUGGCACCAGCGAGGAAUGCACUGAACAAAGAGGACGGCUGGACAGCUGGGCAUUGAGGUUUACAGCAAGCUAGUCCUGCCGUGUUCUGCAGGCCGGAGGGUGAGCCCAAGCUGUCCUUCAGGAGCAGCAGCUUCCAGACGCCGUCGGAUUCCACCCCAUAGAAAGACCUACAGCUCAGCUUCGUGUGUGUUUCUUUACAACCGUUGCCCUGAAUUCUGCUGUGUGCCGAGACUGGGUAUACUGGGAGACAGGCAAGCAGGGCACCCACAGCAAGUUAUCUUCCCCACGUGCUUGCUGGCCUUCUCUUCUGGACAAGCUCGGGACUGAUGCUAGAAGGACCGUGCCUUCUCCAAGGGGUGGAUUGUGCUUGUGGCUCUGAACACCACCUUAGCUAAGAAGCUGGCUGGACUUGAGCCUCUUCUUUGCCGCUGCAGUUGAAGUGCGGCCGUUCAGCUGCGUCUACGCAGAUCUGCCAUCUGUCUCCCGACUUCUUUGAUGAUGCAUUUUGGACUCGACCAUACCUCUGAAGCUGGAGGAGACCACUGGCAUUCCUUCCCCAACAAUUGGAGUCUCAGUACAGCGUCGCAUCAUGAGAAGGAACUGGGCACGGGGUGGUGCCAUCAGAGCAGCAGCGGCAGAAAGGGAUGGGGCAAGUCACGCCAUGCUCCAAGGAGGCCUCUCAGAGAAGGGGGCAUGUGAAGAUGGCUGGGGAGUCCCUGAGCUCGUGUUCAGGAAACGCACUUUACAAAAACUAGCCCAAAAAGAAGUGCGAGGCCAUGGCAGAGAAUGGCCUUCUUAGGGAGAAAUACCAAGGCAGGAAAUGCUCCCUCGCAUCCUUUGCGGUGUUCGACGGAUUUCUGGUUUGUUAAAGCAGGGGCAUCUCCUCCUCCUCCUGCAUCUGUUAUAUUAACCAAGCAAAACUCCACAGUUUAGCCCUAACAUUUGCUGUAACUGUUCUGUGUGUUGCCAUUACAGUAACUACAGGAAACGAAACACGCAGCAAUUGGAAAGAGAGAUUCCGUUUGUGUUUCGUAAGAACUGCCUCAGGAAUUCAGCUUUCGUCAGCAGAAUCUAACAACGCUGGGUUUGGAGGAGGUUUUGUUAAGGCUUGAGUAAUUUCCUCUCCCUUCUCCCUAUCCACACCCGGAGUCCUACCCACAGAAAACUGGCGCAUCAAGGUGCCCUUGGCAGGAGGGUCCUCUUUCUUCAUAGGAACCGUUUGGCCUUUGCACUGCGGUUUAGAAAGUAGCUUUGCCCUUGGAUUUUGCUGGCUGUUCACCCUUUUAUUGGAACAGAGGAAAGGACAGUGACGUGCAUCUGCUGAGGAUCUGGCCGCCCUCCAGGGGUGAAUUAACUGGGACACCGUUGCCAGGGUGAAGCUGGGAAGAGGGGCCUUGGAGGCUCCUCCACCUGUAGGGGCCCCUCUUCCCUUGCUGCUUCUCAGGCAGGGGGGUGACUCUCCCAGGAGCGUGGGGUCCUGGCCUGCCUGGUUACUGGUUUCUGAGGAAGCAGCCUGGCAGCAGUUGCGACCCUAGAAAUCCACAGCUUGGCCCACGGCCGUUGCGUGCUCACCGCUCGAGCAUCUUGCCCACCUGCUGCAUACUUAACUUCACCCCAUUGUGGGCAGGCAGGUAGCAAAGCCCAGAGGUUGAGUUAGCAGAGAAGAAUGGAAAUACCAACAGCCCUCCCAUCGCGCAUGGGAAUUCCUGGACAGCGUAGCUAUUUUGUAUACUUUAUGUACGUAUGUAACAUGCAGAUUUGUACAGGGCUUGUAAUUGUGUAAAAUAAAUAAAUGCGGUAUUAACUUAUUAAA